GCCACCAAACUGCCAAACAGAGCUCUUCUGGUAGUUAGGUCAAUCACAAUCACUCCAUUUCUCUGUACAUUUUAUUUUGGUACUUCAAUUCCAACUUGGGAACCCAAAAAACAACCCAAUUUUAAACGUCUGCUUUCCUAUUUCCUCCCAAAAUCUCAGACCAACCAAUCAACAAUAAAGUUGCUUCUUUUACUUCAUACCAGUUGCUGCCUUUGCUCAUACUUAAAUAUACAAUCACUAUUCACUAUCAAACUAUAGCAGGAAUUAGUGAUGGGGGCAGUGAAGGCGGCGAUUGGUGAUGGAGUGCUCACUUUCAUGUGGGUUUUCUGUUCUUCAAUGUUUGGAUUGUUCACUAGCCUCAUAGCCGCUGCUCUUCGGGUUCAAAAUUAUUUGUGGGCUACUCUGUUUAUCACUACCGUUCUUGUUUUCGUGUUUGUUUACUUGUUUGGCUUGAUCGCUGGGUUCUUGGGUGGAGCCAGUUUUAACCCUACUGGUAAUGCCGCCUUUUAUGCUGCUGGAGUUGGUGGGGAUAAUCUUUUUUCUUUGGCUCUUAGAUUCCCUGCUCAGGCAGCAGGUGCUGUGGGUGGGGUACUGGCUAUCUUGGAGGUGAUACCACCACAGUAUAAGCACAUGCUUGGAGGUCCUUCGCUGAAAGUUGACUUGCAUACUGGAGCCAUUGCCGAGGGAGUGUUGACCUUUAUAAUUACCUUUGUUGUUCUGUUAAUUGUCCUUAGAGGUCCUCGCAACUCAUUUGUGCAGAAUUGGCUGAUUGCAGUUGCAACUGUAACAUUGGUUGUCACAGGUUCCAAAUACACAGGCCCUUCUAUGAACCCUGCUAAUGCUUUUGGGUGGGCAUACAUAAACAAAUGGCAUAAUACAUGGGAACAGUUCUAUGUGUAUUGGAUUUGCCCCUUCAUAGGAGCAAUAUUGGCUGCUUGGGUCUUCCGCUUAGUCUUCCCUCUGCCAGCACCAAAACAGAAGAAAGCCUAGAAGAGCGCAUUAUGUUCAUCACAUGGUAGAUAAGCAUAUGCUGUAAUAAAUACUUUCACAUUUUUCAACUCUUUAAUUAUUGAAGCGAUCUUUAGUUAAGUUGCUUUAUUGCUUGUAUUCAUGGAAAUUGACAAGUCUCUCUUCUUUCUUCCUCUCCCACA